GCACUGCUGCCAAUCUUGUUUUACAGUUCUACGAAAGCGCAUUUGUGAGUUGGGAGAAAUUCUCUUACGAUGCUGUUCAAAAGAGGAUUUUCGCCUUCAAAACAAAAUUCUUUCCAAAUGGCACGAAACUGGAAAUGAUGGAGUUCCUGCUAUUUCAGGAGUCCAUCCAGUACCAGUUCUACCCUCACAGCAGGACCUGUGUGAAGUCUGAUCUCCACACUCCAUUCCAGCCCAUCGCAAUUCCCUCUAACGCAACGUUCCUCACUCAGAUGUAUAUUGGUGGGACCUCGGGACCGCAAGAGGGGGUGCUGGUCAAUAUCUGGAGUGUUGAGACUGGUCACGGUAAUCCCUCCAUUAUAAUAUUCUCUGCAUUUGGAUGUCUCCCAAUGUCCGUUAACUAUUACUGUAAAGAGAAGGGCUGGAUUGUUGAAUCGACCUAUGGUAUUACUACAGGGAUCAGUGAUCCGACUGUGUUUAUCCCUCCUGCAGCGUGCUCUCAGCUCAACUGAGAAUAUUCUCUCUUGGAAGCAGUACAAAAAAAGAACUUAUAUAACUCUAAUAAAGAACAGUUACCCUGCUGACUGAACACUGA